AUGGAUGGAAGCAACCAGUCUUCGGACUCCGAGUUCCUACUCAUAGGGCUUUCAGAGAUUCCUGAGCAGCAGCAGAUUCAGUUUUGGGUGUUCCUGUCCAUGUACCUGGCCACAGUGGUGGGAAAUGUGCUCAUCAUCCUGGCCAUCGGCUCUGACUCCCGCCUGCACACUCCCAUGUACUUCUUCCUAGCCAACCUCUCUUUCACCGACCUCUUCUUUGUCACCAACACCAUCCCCAAGAUGCUGGUGAACCUUCAGUCCCAGAACAAAGCCGUCUCCUACACAGGAUGUCUGACACAGCUCUACUUCCUGGUGUCCUUGGUGGCCCUGGACAACCUCAUCCUGGCCACGAUGGCAUAUGACCGUUAUGUGGCCAUCUGCCGCCCCCUCCAUUAUGCCAUAGCCAUGAGUCCUAAGCUCUGUGUCUUGCUCCUCACCUUGUGCUGGGCCCUUUCUAUCCUAUACGGCCUCAUCCACACUCUUCUCAUGACCAGGGUGACUUUUUGUAGAUUCCGGAAAAUCCAUUACCUCUUCUGUGAAGUGUACGUCCUGCUGAGGCUUGCGUGCUCUGACACCCACAUCAAUCACACGGUGCUGAUUGCCACAGGCUGCUUCAUCUUCCUCACUCCUUUUGGAUUCAUGAUCAUGUCCUAUAUCUGGAUUGUCAGAGCUAUCCUCAGAAUUCCUUCUGCCUCUAACAAAUACAAAGCCUUUUCUACUUGUGCUUCCCAUCUGGCUGUGGUGUCCCUCUUCUAUGGGACCCUCUGUAUGGUGUAUUUGCAGCCGCUGAAGACAUACUCUAUGAAGGACUCAGUAGCCACUGUGAUGUAUGCAGUGGUGACCCCCAUGAUGAACCCUUUCAUCUACAGCCUGAGGAACAAGGAUAUGCACAGGGCUCUAGGAAGACUGCUGAAGAAACCCUUUCAAGAGGUUAACAUGAGGUAA